AUGACGACGGAGACGACGACGACGUCGACGAUGAUGACGACGACGACGACGAUGAUGACGAUAGCAUGCGGGAACAAAAGCAGCAAGAACAGCAGGAGGAAAAAGAACAAGAAUGCGGGCAAAAAAAGCUAGAUGGGAAGGAGAAAGAUCAGAUUCAAACUUUGGAAGAAACACAAAUAUCAAUGAAGUUGCCUUUGAACAAUAUGUCUUCUAAAGGGAUUGAAGAUGAAGAAAUGCCAUCAAUGGUAACUAUUUCCAGUCUCUCUAAAAUAGACGAAUCAGAGAACGAUAUGAAAAAUGACGAGGAGAAAAAUCUUGUCUCUGCAGAGACAAACAGUGUGAACUCACCUUCUAGAAAAGAAGACGAUAACGACAGUGAUAGUGUAUGUGUUAUUGAUGAUGAUGAUGAAGACGAUGAUGGAGACGUUGACAGAGAUGUAGAUGGAGAUGCGGAUGGGUUGUCUUUUGAUGAAGAUGAUGAAAGUUCUUCCUAUCGAGAUGAUGAUGAAAGUGAAGAAAUGGACAGAGAUCAUUAUAGUGACAAUCAUGACAGACGAAAUGUGAGAAAUAUAAGAAGAGCCGAUGAUGAAGAUGAUGAAGAGGAGGCAGACGAGGAGGAAGAGGAGGAGGAGGAGGAAGUCGAAGAAGUAGAAGAAUACGAUUCCGAGGUAGAUGGUUUUGAUGGUGGCUCUGAUGACUUAGUACUUAGACAUAGUAAUGGACUUACAAAACGCCAUAAAGAACGUAGUGCUUCUCUUCAAGAUUUAAGUCUUAUUAAGGAAGGUUUACCGAAAAAUAAAACUAAUGUAAAUCCUUUUAGUCAAAAAGCAAGAUACGAGAGAAAUCAAUUUACUAAAGAUCGUCGGACGCCAGGAAAACAAUACUCUCAUGUUGAAAGCAAAGUAAAAAAAUAUAUUAUGGAUAUGGCACAGCAAAGAAGAAUAUCUGGUGAAAGACGUAAAAGGGCGCAAGAAGCAGCAAAACACAAAAAUCAAGAGGCGACCGAAACGCAAAUUCAUAGAAACGAUGAUGUAGUUUUAACUUGUAAAACAAUUAAGAAUUACACGGAGAAAACAUUGAAAGAAGUAGUCAAGUAUGAGGAAAUUGAAAGUGAUGAAAUGUACGUUAUGCCGCCAAAUUUGGAAAAUGGCGAAAUACACAUUUUUUCUAGACAUCCAAUGGAUAAUAACCAGCAAAUAAUGCAUCAUGAAGAAAUGGAAGUGGAUCCCAUUAAUAUAGAGAUACAUAAUAAGGAUGAAAAGGUUAAUAAAAUUAACGGCAGUGUCAUGAAUGAUAAUCAAAAUUACAUUUUAGAGAAAAAAGGAAUACUUAGGUGUGAGGAUAAACCAGUUUUAAAUGGUGAAGGUCCAUCAAAUACCGUUUGUAAUUUACGUACGUUAUCAUACGAUGAAUAUAUGAAAGGCACUAUUAAUAAUGAAAUACACGAAGAAGUGAUCCAUGAUGAUGGUGUCGUAGAGGUAAUGCAGGACAUAACUGAGAAAUCUAAUAACAACGACACUGAUUCUGCGUGUGUUCUUCGAAUAGAAAACAUCUCAAGAAAUUACAAUAACGAGGAAAAAAUGCCCAAUAUCUAUCACAAUAUACAAAAGCCUAUAACAUUGGUAAAUCAGUCGACAGAAACAAAUUAUCAUGAAAAUCUUGAAGUAAAAUCUCUAAGGCUACAACUUGAGAAGAAAAACUCGCAGCUAGAUAAUUUACGUGAUGCAUUUCAAAAAACAAUGUCGGAGAACAUGUCAAUGAAAUUGGAGAUGGAUAAUCUGAAAAAAAUGCUCACCUAUUAUCAAGAACAGCAAAAACCAGUGCCAGAAACAAAAGUCAUAGCGGUUCAAACUGAACUGCCCGUUUUAGUCUCUAAUACUGCUGUUGUCGAUUCUAAGAGCAAUGAGCAAAAAGUCGAUCCAAGAUUAGUUACAAACAGCAUGAUUUCAACAAUCAGCUCACAGUGGUCCGAUAGCAUAGAGAGUGCAACGAUUUCCAUGGAGCCACCACCCAAUGUAACGAAUGCUCUCAAUUCAGACGAAAGCAUGCAUCAGCAAAGCAAAACACCCUCUAAACAGAAAAAUUCAUUCUCUCGAGCAUUCGUCACAUCGUCGCGAAUAUUACAAACCCUUUCGAACAUCACGCAUGGAAAGUCAAAGUCGGAUAAUAAGUAUAGUUGCAAAUAUUCCAAAACCAUUUCCGAGGAAGCAACUGAAGCGAAUGCCUCGGCUGAAACUGAAAAGCCUCAGUUUGUCGAGGUUGGCUCAAGAAAGCGAAAAGCAACGGAUAGUGCAGAAAAUUCAAACUCCGCUCAUCCAUUUAAAAUUCCCCACACUUCAAAAUCUAAUUGGGAAUCAGGAAAGCAAAAGAUGAACUCUUCGGAGGAUGAUUGUGUAAAUGUCGAUGAUGAAAAUAAUACUGAUGUCGAAGGUGAACAGAACGACAACGACGACAUCCGAGAAUCGGACGACGACGUGAAAGUAUUUGUCUAUCCAGAAGAUGAUCAAAGUAAGGAACACAGUUUCCUCAUUCAAGCUAGAGAAGUAACCAGCAAUCAUAAAACAGGUGUUAGAGAGUGCGGACCCUACCUUCUGGGAAACAUCGAAGUCUAUAUGACAGAGAUGAAUGGCACUAUCAAUAUAUGGGGCAAGGAAUUGAGUAAAAACAACGCCAAUCAAAAUAUCGAGGAGAUGGAAACGUCGACAAGAUCGAAGGACUUACAACCGAAUUUCCGUUGGCAGAGCACGCCACGUAUAUUUAAUAAUCAGUCAACUACAUCAACAAGUAAAAAGUCAAGAGUACUGCCAAGAUUUUCUCAACAACAAAAGCAGCAUUCUUGCGACAUUAACAAUACGAUAGUAGAUUGUGAGAGCUGUCACUCGCAUAAUCAUCGUCUCUCCUGGCCUUCGUGUCAUCAUAGUGAACAACAUACCGAGAACCAACAUACUUGCUGCUCUCCAUCGGUAAGAGUCGAAGAAAACCAUUGCGGAUGCGCUCACAAAAUGGCGAGACGAAGUGCAGCUCUAUCAACGUGCUGCAAUUCAUCGAAAUCAACGGAUGGUCGACAAUACAUCUCGCCCAAUAUCUAUCAAGAAAACAACUCGUUAUGUUGCUACAACAUUCAUCAUAGUCACUGUAGAAAUGCAGCCAAAGAAGAAUCUUGUAGAUGCCAAUCGUUUGUUCGUCGACACUCCUUCAACCCCACUGACGAAGAAGACAACGAAUCCAACGUUGAAGAAAACGCGCAUAAUGCUUCAAAACCUUGUCAUUCCCCUCAAGAAAAAUCGUCGCAUUCAUGCACAGACACUAAACUAGUCCCACCAUGUAUGAAUAAUGGAAAAAAUAAUGGUGGAGGUUGCUCCGAAGCAUCUGUAAUUCAAAAUGAAAGUGAUCCGCUAAUUUUCCAAAAACAGAAUCCCGAAGCACCUGAGGUCCGAAAACGAAGAUCCAAUGGAAAAAAAGUUCGAGGACUUAUAAUGGAUCUAUUAAAAGGUUGUGGCGAUUGUCGAACAACCAUUCCCAUUAAUAAGUCAAGCUUGCGCAAUAAUACUUCGGUUUAUGAGCCAAGUACGUCCGCACAACAGAAAAUUGCAUGCUCUCCAAGCCAACAAUCAUGUUCACUCCGUUCUAAUGAAAAGUGUGCAUCGUGUCGUAGUAGAAGCGAUAAAACAGCUGAGAUUGAGGCUCAACUGGAGUUCUUCCGCAUUGAAAUGGAUAAGUUGCGCAGUCGUUCCGACACAUUGCGCGAAAUGCUCAAUACACUGCGUAACGCCGAUAUAAUUAAUUAAUUAAUAUGACUAUUAUAACUUCUAAUGUUCAUUGUAAAUAGUUGGCAAAAAGGUACUUUUUUAUUUUCUCACGGGCAAUCCAGCAUUGAUUGCAUGACUUUGUUCCUUUUACACACUUAUUAAAUGUAACAAAUAAAUAUAUAUUGCCAAUUGAAAA